AUGGUUUCCUGUAUUAAGAGGACCAUAGUAUGUGUCCUACAGCAGAUUCUCAGAAGAGGCGAUUGGUUUCUUUUCCUUGUAACGGAUCAGGCCUUUGUGACUCUUGCUACUGAUGAUGUGUAUUGCCAAGGAGCUCUGGUUCUUGGACAGUCAUUGAGGAACCAUACAACAUCUAGAAAACUAGCAGUACUGAUCACACCAGAGGUCUCCAGUGGAAUGAGGUCUGUCCUGCGCAGCGUGUUUGAUGAAGUCACUGAGGUGGAUGCACUUGACAGUGCUGACUCGGUCCGUUUGGCUCUGUUGCAGAGGCCAGAACUGGGUGUAACCUUCACUAAACUUCACUGCUGGACUCUUACUCAUUAUAGCAAAUGUGUCUUCAUGGAUGCAGAUACCUUGGUGCUUUGCAAUGUUGAUGAAUUGUUUGAUCGAGAAGAGUUUUCAGCAGCUCCUGAUUCUGGCUGGCCGGACUGCUUUAAUAGUGGUGUAUUUGUCUUCCGACCUUCUUUAAAAACUUACAACUUGCUGCUCCAGUUUGCUGCUGAACAUGGCAGCUUUGAUGGGGGUGAUCAAGGCUUGUUGAAUAGCUUCUUCAGCAACUGGGCAACAGCAGAUAUUGGCAAACACUUACCAUUCAUCUAUAACUUAAGCAGUAGUGCAGUAUACACCUACGUUCCUGCUUUCCAUCAUUUUGGUAGAGAUACCAAAGUUGUUCACUUCUUGGGAGCAACAAAGCCCUGGAACUACAAAUACAACCUUCAAACAAAGAGAGUUAUGCAAGAUGGCACCACCUCUGGAUCUUUCCAUCAGCUGUCAUUUCUUGCCCUCUGGUGGAACAUAUACAGUGCCAGUAUAUUGCCGUUGUUAGAAAAAUUUCAAAAGAUGGAAGAAUCAGAAUCUGAGGAAUGGAAGCAUACUUUCAGUGGAGUUGAAAUUACACUGAAAAAAGUUGAUCCUUCUGUGGCCAAUUCUCUGCAAAUGCCUGUAUUUCCAGAGCAGGCAUAUGAAGCAGAUCCCACGGCAUGUUCCUCUGAGGAACUCGGUUUCGAAGCUCAACCUGUAUAUGAAACUCAACAGCAUGGUUCCAGCAUUCAUCUCUCUGAACCUGACAGACCUUCCAAGCAACUUGCUUCUCAUCCUGCAUUUCAGGAAACCUCCGAGCUGAAUGAGAUUGCAUCUUCUGUUUCAGAGCUCUCUAUUCACCUCAAACGUGAAGAACCAAAUCCAGAAGAUGAACGGAGAAAAUGGGAGGAAGGGCGUAUGGACUAUAUGGGAAAAGAUGCUUUUGAACAUAUCAAAAAGAAGUUGGACACAUUUUUACUCUAAGAUGAACUGUAAUGACUAUUAUGAUGUUUCUUCUGUAAAUAGAACCUUGAAUAUUUGGAUAUCUUCAUAGUUCUUUUGACACCA